AUGCCUCAACAGGAAUUCGUGCCCCAGGCAUACACUUUACUCAAGUCGACCCAACACUCGCUCCAUCUACAGAGCAACGACACGUCCCAACCUUGCGACUUCACUUUCGAAGUCUUGAAGCCCACCCUUUUCCGAACCACUUUCACCUCCAAAACUCAUCCACUCCCGCCGUAUCCAAGUGCUCGCAAACCACCUCCUAGCAAUGACGGCUCUUUCGCAGCUGUCUCCUCCUCAUCUGGAGACCAAAGAACCAAAUAUGUAUGUGGCGAAAUCGAAGCCACUGUCGACUGGACCACAGUUCCACUCGUAUCCAUAGGUUUCGUAGACCAACCCCAACCUCUGCACGCCGAUCUCCCAUUCCGCUCCUACGCACUCGAUGGCACCGGCAUAAGCCACUACUCUCGCUAUUUUCGCGGCAGCCUGCACGUGGGACUCGGCGAAAAGGCAGCACCCAUGGAUUUAUCAAAUCGCCAUUUCACACUGUCGGCGACAGAUUGUUUUGGCUAUGAUGUGCAUCGGACGGAUCCCAUGUACAAACAUAUUCCAUUGCUAAUGCGAGCUGGACCGGAAGGUGUCGUGGCCACCUUUUCCACCAGUCAUGCUCGAGGGUAUUACUCUGUAGGGUCGGAAAUGGAUGGUAUGUGGGGAUUCUUCAAAGUCUACAGACAGGACUAUGGGGGGUUAGAGCAAUACACUCUGGUGGGGAAGACGCUGCAGGACGUUGUGACCAUGUAUGCUGAACUGGUCGGUUUCCCUCUCUUGGUGCCACGCUGGGCCUUUGGGUAUCUGGGCGGCGGGAUGAAGUAUUCCAUGCUCGACGAGCCGAGAGCGAGUGAGGCCUUGAUGGAGUGGGCGGAUACCGUGAAAAAGCACGAUAUUCCUUGUUCGGGAUUCCAGAUGAGCUCGGGCUAUACUGUUGCGGAAACGGAGCCGAAGACAAGAAACGUGUUUACAUGGAACAGACAUCGCUUCCCGGACCCGAAAGGCUUCACAGAUGCAUUUCACGCACGAGGGAUUCGCCUGAUUGCGAAUGUCAAACCAUAUGUCCUUGAAAGCCACCCAGAGUACCAAAACCUCGUUAAGGCUGGAGCGUUAUUCAAGGAUGUGGACACUGGUGGACCUGCUGUAGCUCGACUAUGGAGUGCAGGCGGCGGCGAAUCCGGGAAAGGCGGACAUAUCGAUUUUAGCUCCAAGUCCGGCUAUCACUUCUGGUACGAAGGAGUCAAGAAACUACGCUUGGAAGGUAUGGACUGCAUGUGGAACGACAACAAUGAGUAUGUGAUCCCCAACGAUGCGUGGCAAUUGGCUACCGACAAUCCACACGUACAAGGCAGCGAGGAACGACGAAGGGAUAUUGGACUGUGGGGACGUGCAAUGCACACGGAACUGCAUGCAAAGGCUUCACAUGAUGCACUUGUGGAGGCUGUGCCGCACGAACGUCCUUUUGUGCUGACUCGUAGUGGAACCGCUGGGACAUUUCGCUAUGCGUGUUCCACCUGGUCGGGCGACAAUAUCACAUCGUGGGACGGUAUGCGUGGCGCCAAUGCUCUUUCACUAACUGCCGGCAUGUGUCUGAUGCAAUGCUACGGACAUGAUAUCGGGGGGUUUGAAGGUCCGCAACCUUCGCCCGAACUGCUUCUCCGAUGGGUACAGCUCGGUUGCCACAGUCCUCGUUUCGCAAUCAAUUGCUUCAAGACGGGCAACGACAACUUAGUCGGAGACGUAAUCGAACCAUGGAUGUAUCCCGAAAUCCUCCCCCAAGUCCGCAAAGCAAUCAAGCGCCGUUACGAAAUGCUUCCCUACAUCUACAACCUUAUGCUCCAAAGCCAUUUCACCGCAGUCCCCGCUCAACGCUGGGUCGGCUGGGGCUACGAACAAGACCCCGAAGUCUGGACUAAUCCCAUCCUCAAAGCCGGCGAGCAACAAUACUGGUUCGGCGACACGCUCCUCGUCGGCGGAGUCUACGAACCCGGAAUCUCCCACGGAAGAAUUUACACCCCGAAACGCACUCCCACCGACCCCGGUUUCCUCAACCUCAACCCUCCAUACCAAUACCUCCCCGCAGGAGCAUGGCACACCAUUUCCUCUCCCUGGAAUGAUAGUAUUCCCCUCCUCGCCCGCAUCGGCGGCGCCAUACCUGUGGGGAAAAAUUCACAAGUCCGCACUACCACACCGAGUGUUGUUGGCGACGAUCCGUUCUCUCACAACGAAGCUCAUCUUCCCGCCGAUGACUGGCGUGGUGUCGAAAUUUUCCCUCCUCCAGAAGAAGAUGAAGAAAAAGACUCUUCUGACAGACAACACCACCACCCUCCAACAACAACAAAAGAAUUCACAACAACCUGGUACGAAGACGACGGAAUCUCUCCUUCUCCCACUCCCAUCGCAAAGUUCACAAUUAGUUACUCUGUGACUUCGCAGCAGCAGCAGGGGGUGAAUUUUACAUUUCGGCAGCAUUGUGCUGCAGGAUUUGUUCCAUUAUGGGUCAAGAAUGGAUUGACGGUGAUUUUGCCCAUGGGGGAUCGGAGGAGGGUAGUUUGGGGUGGGGAUGGUGCUUCUUCUUCUUCUUCUUCUUCUUCUUCUGCUGCUACGGAGGUUGAGGUUACGAUUGAAGAGAUGGAACCUGAUGAUAUUGGUCGCAGGAGAUAUCAGCUUGUUUUUGAUGGUGCUGAUGCUGAUGCUGAUGAUACUGCUUCACGAGGAUAAGCUAGGCAGGCAGGUAGGUAGGUAGU